AUGGCAACCAAGACCUUCAAGCUCAACACCGGCCAGGACAUUCCCGCUCUGGGCCUCGGCGAGGUACAGACCGCGGUAGCGCACGCGCUCAAGUCGGGAUACCGGUUGAUCGACGGUGCGUACUGCUACGGCAACGAGGAAGAAGUCGGCAAGGGGCUGGCCGAGGCCUUCGCGUCGGGCAUCAAGCGCGAGGACGUUUUUGUUGUCUCCAAGGUCUGGGCUACGUAUACGACGCGCUGUGAGCUCGGCCUACAGAAGAGUUUAGAGAAGUUGGGGUUGGAUUAUGUGGAUUUGUUUUUGGUGCAUUGGCCUUUGUUGAUGAACCCUGAGGGUAACGACGACCGCUUCCCGAAGCUCCCCAACGGCGAGCGCGAUAUCAUCCACUCCCACAACCACGUCGACACAUGGAAGCAGAUGGAGAAGCUGGUCGCAACGGGCAAAACCAAGGCCAUCGGCGUAUCUAACUACAGCAAACGAUACCUCGAAGAGCUCCUCCCGCAUGCAACCAUCAUCCCCGCCGUCAACCAGAUCGAGAACCACCCGGCUCUGCCGCAGCAGGAGAUUGUCGACCUCUGCAACGAGAAGGGCAUCCACAUCAUGGCGUACAGCCCGCUCGGUAGCACGGGCAGCCCGAUGUUCACGGCCGAACCGGUCGUCACCAUCGCCGAGAAGCACGGCGUCAAGCCAGCGGCUGUGUUGUUGAGUUAUCACCUUGCGCGCGGCAGCACCGUUCUAGCCAAGUCGGUCACGCCAGCGAGGAUCGAGGAGAACAGGAAGCUGAUCGACCUGGAUGCGGACGAUGUCAAGCUGCUGAAGGCGUACUCGGACAAGCUGACCCAGGAGGGUAAGCUGCAGCGGUUCGUGUACCCGCCGUUUGGCGUGCAGUUUGGGUUCCCGGAUAAGCUCUAG